CUCUACUGCGCUCAGAGCCUGCAGACAGACAGUAGUCCAGCGCGCCGGGGGAGGACAGGCAUCCCAACUUGUUGGUUCUGAGGACAACACUAAAUAACUAAACAAACGUGCUUGUUUGUCUCCAAGUUUGACUUCUUAGGACAUAUCAAAUUAUUGGAUACCCCGAACGAACGACAACUAUUGGCAGGUUAUUAACUACUUUUUUUUUUUACUUCUUGGAAUAUUCUCCGGGCAUUAGGAGCCUGUAUCGCAGUCUGUUUUAAUUGAAGGGGUCAACCCAGUGUCCGAGGAAGACACAAUGUUUGCAUUGUGACCUUUUGUUCCGGACAAGGUUAUCCUCAACAGGAGAGUAUUCAUAGACAGACCGGCCAGACGGACUGACACGGUCUAAUCAUGGACGGGGCCAACGAUGUGGAUCUGUCCAACAAUAACAUCACCCCGUUGUGGAAGCGACGCACUGACUGUUAUGGCACCAGGGCCGGCAGCAAGGCCAAACCCAGACCCCUUAGUUACCAGAUAGGUGGGGUUCACAUGACAGACUUUCCCGUGGAGGACAAGGGCCCCAUCAAGAUCAGCCAGCCCUUGGAGACGGGGGUCGCCAAAGCGGUAACCAAGAACACGUCGGUGUUGAAACACGUCCUAAACAAACCGUCCAGGAAGACUCGCGUGGUUCGGAGCAUCAGUAUCGGACAUCUCUCAAAUGCGCGCUACGCCUUGUCACGGUUCAUGUCCAGUGAGGGCAAAUCAGCGUCUCUGGACAAUAGAGUGAGAAAUGGAGGCUAUGAGAAUGGCAAAACCACCGUUAAGUGCCCUCAAGACGAACAAAAAUGCAGGUCCACUCCAGUGGCGCCAAACUCUCCGAGAGACAGCAGCGCUUUUGGCAACGGCUCGUCAUCACCGGAAGACGUUGCCUCAACGCCGACACUGUCUUCUCCUGACCUAUCCCCCCUCACCCCCAACAACAACCGCUACAACCACAACCACAACCACCACCGCCCGCCCUCCCCCUCCUGCCCCGGUGCCCCCGUCCCCAGCCCCUCUCCCCCCGCCCGCCGCACCCCUCCCCUCUCCCACUGCUCCUCCUCCAGCAUCCCCUCCCUCUCGUCCUCCCACUCCUCGGGGCCCCCCACCCCGCGCUCCCCGUCGCCCGCCGACUCGGUGAACAUGCUCAGCCGGCAGACGUCCUCGGCGUCCGCCGCCUCCGCCCGCGACGACCCCCGCUCGUCGCACGUCCGAUCGCCGUCCUCCUGCUCCUCCUCCUCCUCCUCCACCGCCUCCACCUCCGCCUCGUCCUCCCCCUCGCUGACCUCCCCCAGCCCCGCCUCCCCGGUGCCCUCGGUGGUCCUCAGCACGCACAGCCCCGCCGCCCAGAAGAUGGGCACCCAGCAGCUCAUCCCCAAGGGCCUGGUGUCGGACACGCGGCCGGGGCUGGGCGGACUGGCCGGCCUCCUGGGGCUGGACAGCUCCAAGAGGGCCUUGAAGAGCCGCAGCAUGGUGGAAACCGGGGCCUUCUUCUCCACGGGUCUAGCCCCGGAGGUGGACGGCGACAGCCCGGGAACCCUGCGGAGGGGGCUGAGGAGCACGUCCUACCGCAGGGCGGUGGUGUGUGCCGACGAGACCCCCAAGGCCUGUAAGCCCACGCUCAAAGGGCUGCAGGAGGGGGAGGACUCACCUGACGGCCGGCCCUGCCGCAGCUGGAGCCCCGGCUGUACUCCCAGCGCUGCCAAGCAGCUUUUCGCCACAGAGGGGCCGGUCAAACCGGCCAGCCCCGGGACAGUGAAGCCCUCCAGUCCAGGAACAGUGAAGCCUUCCAGUCCUGGCACUAGAAAGACUGCCACCCUCGGAAAAAACAAGAAUCCUGAUAGAACAAAGCGACUGAUAAGUCAACGCACGUUUGACAGCGAAGAGGAGGAGCUGUACCAGAACUACCAGGAGAAAGCGCUGCACAAUGACUCUGACGAGGACGCCGAGGCCAGCGUGCCUCAGCCAGAUGACCGCAUCGUGGUGCAGUACCGGCCCAUACGGACCUCCUGGAGCCAGCUCAGCGUGGUUAAGAAAAGUGGCCUUUCCGACAAGCUGAGCCUGGAGGAACGCAAAAGGCAGGAGGCCAUCUUCGAGGUGAUCUCCUCGGAGCACUCCUACCUCCACAGCCUGGAGGUCCUGAUCCGCAUGUUCAAGAACUCGCCGGAGCUCAGCGACGCCAUGACCAAGACGGAGCACCACCACCUCUUCUCCAACAUCACCGACGUCUGCGCCGUCAGCAAAAAGUACGCCCUGGUGCUCUCUGUGUCGCCGCCGUGGGAGGCUAGUGACCGGAGUACGUCUCUCCCUCUGUCUUUCAGCGAGGAGAGCUACACAGUGAUCGACUACGCCCUGAGGGACCAGAUCUGGGUGGGCCCCAGCCAGGCGGAGGACCACAACCUGUCCCCUGUGCGGACCACCUCAAGCAUGCUGAUCCGGCAGAGCGGCGCCUGCCACCUCUUCCGCCUGCGUUUCCGUAGCAACCACUCGGGCGACAAGGUGCCCAUGGUCCUGGGGGUGGAGUCGAUGAAUGAACGUGCUCGCUGGACAAGCGCUCUGGGCCAGAACAACAACAAUAACAAGAACCAGGACAGAAGUAACGCCAUGCAGGUGGAGGUGAGCCGGACGUACACGGCCAAGCAGCCAGACGAGCUGUCCCUGCAGGUGGCCGACGUGGUGCUGGUGUCCGAGACGGUGGAGGACGGUUGGUACGAGGGCGAGCGACUGCGCGACGGGGAGAGAGGGUGGUUCCUGGCCGAGUGUGCCGAGCCAAUCACGUGCCAGGCCACCAUUGAGCGCAACAUGCAGCGCAUGGACCGCCUGCAGGGUCUGGAGACCAACGUCUGAGGAGGCUUAACGCCACAAACACUCUUCUCUCUUUGGGUCGAACCAACACUCCGCUUCCCUGAGGGGGACAGGUGGUCCCUGAAUCCCAUCACUGACUUGUCCAUAAGCAACACACAAAUCUAACAACCCUUUUAUUGUUUUACCUUCAUAAUGGAAUAACAAACCAGUGGCUUUACGAGAGACCUCUGCACUAGGGACGCAGGGAGGCCUGUGAGGACAAUGAGGGCUUGAUUUAGAUAAUUGUAGAGGUUAAAACACGUUUUAGAAACAAGUGUGCGCCAGAACAGUUGACUAAGCACCAGAGUCUGCGUCAUCAAAUUGGGUAGAGUGUUUCCCGCCCUGUAAAUCGUUGAAAUUAUUAUCAUUACCAUUAUCUGGAAAUCUAUGGCAAUGCUGACAGUGAAAGGAAUCUAAACCAAUUCCCUUAAAUAGAGCAUUUGUGCAAUGCAGGACAAAUGAUGUUCUGCAGGAAAAGCAGCUUUCCUUUGUAGAAACCGAGAUGGAAAAGAUCCAACAACCACUAUGAUGUUGUGAAAUUAAUUAAAUGUGAUUUGUAAAUGGAAAUGAACUCAUUACCAUGUAAAGCACUUUUUUGUAAAUACUUACUAUAGUUAAUACUAUAAAUACCAUAUCUUCUGGGCUAGUUGAGAGACUCGUAUAAUAUUCCACAUCCACACUAAUGAAGAGGGACGAUGCAUUUUGGAAUCUGUCUUCGCCGUACUGUAAUGUCACCGUUCUGUUUUAAACGCUAACUACAGGUGUAUCCGUUGUAUAUAACCUUUAUUUUGACCCGGCCUGUUUAUAAUUUGACUCGCAAUGCUGAAAGAGUAAAUAUGUAUAUAAUGUGUUACAAGUAAGAUAAAACUAUGUAAAACUGUCGUGUCUUUCUCCUAUCCAGCAUGUGUUCAAAUGUGAUCAUUCAGGGCAAGCCAUCUUCUAGAUAGUUUACACAGGGAAUUGUCCCCCUGAAGAUCACGCCACUAAAGAAUAUCAAACAGACAUUAGGUGCAAUGCCCUGCAUGGGGUAGGACAGACAUCCGCCCAUAUUUUAAUAUUAAACCCUCUUUGUAAGCUAACUCAGGGAAACCACACUACAGACAAUCUCACAUCUGCAAUAUUCUCUCCUGUAAGGUAUAACCUCAUCUCCUCCACAGGUGUCGGCUCCUCUCCCUGUUCCCUUGUAAAUCACUGUCGAUAUGUAUACCAAAACGAAAUAAACGCAUUAACAUGCAUGACGAUCUAUAUGAAUACAGAUGUAUAUUGUAGAGGCCUGUGAUUAUGAAAUGCUUCAAAGUUCAGAGUUUUAAUCUCUACCCUCCUUGGUGAAUAAAAGUGAAAUCGCA